GUCUGAACUAUACAACAAGAAAAUCAGAGAAGUUCUCACACUGAAACCCCCCUCUCCUCUUCUUCUCAGAUUCUCUCACUCUAAUACGACACCACAGCUCUCCAAAACGACAUGAACGACGACACUCUCCGGCAAGAUUUGGACCCCCAAAGCGACCAAAGCUCCGACUACCUCCCACCUCAGCCCCACCCCCUCCCCUCCCAACAACCCCACUCCAACCCCCGCCGGCCCCGUGGCUUCGCCGCCACAUCCGCCGCCGGAGGCCCCAUCUCUCCCUCCUCCUCCACCAAAGGGAGAAGAGAGAGGGAGAAGGAGAAGGAACGCACCAAGCUCCGCGAACGCCUCCGCCGGUCAAUCACCAGCCGCAUGCUCGCCGGUCUCCGCCAGUACGGCAACUUCCCCCUCCCGGCGCGUGCGGACAUGAACGACGUACUCGCCGCUCUGGCGCGUGAGGCCGGCUGGGUCGUCGAGCCCGACGGCACCACUUACCGCCAGUCGCCGCCGCAAAUUGGAGGAGGCUAUUCCAUAAAUUUGAGGUCGGUGGAGGCUCCGGUGACGAAUGCCGCAGCUCCAUUAGAGUGUCAUCAGCAACCAGUAGUGAGAAUCGACGAGAGCUUGUCGCCGGCGUCGCUCGAUUCGGUUGUGAUUGCUGAGAAGAAUGACAAGUUUUCGACUGGUAGUUCUGUAAUGAACUCUGUGAAUUGCUUAGAGGAGGCUGAUCAGCUCAUGCGGCACAUUCCCUCAGCUACCGAUUUCGCGCCUGCUCCAUAUGUCCCUCUUUAUGUCACACUUGCAACCGGCUUCGUGAACAAUUACUGCCAGUUGGUUGAUCCUGACGGGUUACGGCGGGAGCUAACUCAUUUGCAGUCUUUGAGUGUGGAUGGUGUUGCGGUGGACUGUUGGUGGGGGAUUGUUGAAUGCUGGAGCCCCCAGAAAUACGAUUGGUCUGGUUAUAGGGGUCUCUUCAACAUUGUACGCGAGUUCAAGCUAAAAUUACAGGUUGUAAUGGCAUUUCAUGAGUAUGGUAGAAGGGAGUCUGGUGAAGCCCUUAUUCCUCUUCCGAAGUGGAUUUUAGACAUUGGUAAAGAAAACCAGGACAUAUUCUUUACAGAUCGAGAAGGCAGGAGGAAUACGGAAUGCCUAUCUUGGGGCAUCGACAAAGAGAGAGUUCUGCAUGGAAGAACUGGUGUUGAGGUGUAUUUUGAUUUCAUGAGAAGUUUCCGUACCGAGUUUGAUGACUUGUUUGGUGAGGGUUAUAUUUCUGCUGUGGAGAUUGGACUUGGAGCUUCUGGGGAGCUAAAGUAUCCUUCCUUUUCAGAAAGGAUGGGAUGGAGAUAUCCUGGUAUUGGCGAGUUUCAGUGUUAUGAUAGAUACCUACAACAAAGUCUGCAGAAAGCAGCAAAAUUGCGUGGGCACUCAUACUGGGGUAGAGGACCAGAUAAUGCUGGUGAAUACAAUUCUCGGCCACAUGAAACUGGCUUCUUCUGUGAGCGUGGUGAUUAUGAUAGUUACUAUGGACGCUUUUUUCUUCAUUGGUAUGCCAAGACUCUAAUUGAUCAUGCAGAUAAUGUCCUAUCUCUUGCGACCCUUGCCUUUGAUGAAACAACAGUAAUUGUCAAGGUUCCUGCUGUCUAUUGGUGGUACAAAACUCCUAGCCAUGCAGCAGAGCUAACUUCUGGUUACUAUAAUCCUAGAAACCAAGAUGGGUAUUCUCCAGUGUUUGAAGUUCUGAAGAAACAUUCAGUGACAGUAAAAUUUGUUUGCUCAGCACCAAAUGAUGGUGAUGAAGCAUUGGGUGAUGCUGAAGGUUUGAGUUGGCAGGUCUUAAACUUAGCUUGGGAUCGAGGAUUGACUGUGGCUGGGGAAAAUGCACUGUCAUGCUAUGAUAGAGAAGGGUGCAUGAGAAUUGUUGAAAUGGUGAAGCCAAGGAAUGAUCCUGAUCGCCACCAUUUCACAUUCUUUGUAUAUCAGCAGCCACCUCCUCUAGUUCAAGGAACAGUUUGCUUUUCGGAGUUGGACUUUUUCAUCAAGUGCAUGCAUGGUGACAUGGCUGGGAAUAUGUUGUCGUGUUAGUAUAAAGAACUGACUUUCGUGGGAGAAUGUGACCAAAAUGGAUCUUAAUAUUACCUUUGCGGGUAGUAUUAUGCAAAGGUAAAGUAAAGAAUGAACACCGUUCAUUCAAUUGGGG